AUGUACGAGCAAGCAUCAUCCAUGUCGUCUUUGACAGCAGACCUAAUCCACCCUACAUCGACAGCCGUGGACAACGGCAGAGACAACACUAGCAGUAGCAAUUCAAAUACCAAUGUCCGAUUCCCAAAGAGACAUCAACAACAACAGCAGCAGCAGUCUCCUAUCCAACCACCCACCACGCCAUUAACAGCGUCAUCCUCUUUUACAACGCAGCAUAGCAACAGCAGCAGCACAACAACAACCACACCCAUUCACGAGUAUUCAUUAUUUGAUCAACACCCAGCUGCAUGGGAAUGGUUUGGAAACAAUGACAAUAGCAAUGUUUGGCGUAAACAUUCGGUGGCAGCAGAUGGAGCUGAUUUUGGAUCAUGCCAACAACAACGACGUGGUAGCGUUGCCUAUCAAAGUGGUGCUACAACAGCAGCAGAUUGGCGUCGUGGAUCGGCUGCAGCAGCCGCAAGUGGUCUGUGCUGUGCUUUGUGCUCCUCACCGCAAGCUGGAUCCCAACUAUGCGGCCACACCAUCUGCCACACUGCAUCCGUUUGGGAACAGCUAUCAGCACAAUAUGAUGCAAUUCAACAAUCCACUACCACCACCAAUGCACAUCACCAGCACCCGUUUGCUGCAAGCAUGAUGCAACAACAACAACAACAAUUGUUGACACCUCCUCCUUAUUACCCAUGUGUCAAAUUAGCUAAUAUCCCUUGGGACGUUUCACAAAACGAUGUACGCCAAUUUUUCAGUCACUGCCGAUUGCCAAACAUGUCCGUGCAUGCUCAAGCAAUUCAUAUUAUGAUGGAUCGUACCACCGGCAAAACACUUUCAGAUGCCUAUGUUGAAUUUGCUACCUAUGCUGAUUUGCGUCGUGCCAUGGAAACGCGUGAUCGUAAACCUCUCAAAGGCCGUAUUGUCACUGUCAAUGAAUGCACCCAAGAAGAAUUACUCAAAGUGGUGUUCCCUAAAUGGCGUGGUCAAUUUUGUGGCAUGUCAGCCAUCCCACCUGCUUCGGAUGUUGUUAAAAACAUGUCGACCGCUGCUGGUGGUGGUGGCUCUGGAUGUCCACCUUUUGUCACUCGUGAAGAAAUCAACUCUUUGUUGGUCGUAUGCAAGAAUUACAAGCUCCAUUUCUCUCGUAAAUGUGCAGAGCGGCCAUUCGAAAACAUUAUCAGCGUCAUUGCAAAGUAUCCAUGGCAUCAAGCCCACCUCAUUUCGGCUAUUCAUCGUGAUCAUAUCUAUGAGAUGCUCAAAUUGUCUAUUGAAUCACUCAAAAUACAUCUAUCCAAGGAUUAUGUACAGAUUGAUGGCACCUUAUUGGAACGUCUCGUACGUGUUGGUAUCAUGUGCCCAGCAUUCACCGAAAGACAAAAAACAACCUUGUUACAAACCGCCCGUAUCGGAUGCCCACCCGAUUUGAUGCACUAUUUGCUACCAUUACCACCUCCUAUGCCAUCUACUGCCGGCCUUUAUACUACACCACGUGUAAUGCCUUCCACUUUACCCUUCAUUUCUCAACCACCACCAAAGCAACAAUACAAGCUUGAACAACUCCAAUCCCAACAACGUAUCAAGCAGCAAUAUCAACAAGGUGCCAAUGAUCUCGCCACAUGUUUUCCUGAUCCCACCAAAGAUGUGCUUGAGCAGCUGAACGCUUUAUCGAUCCAUAACAACGGUGGUGGUAAUGAUUACUUUUUUGGUAAUUCCAAGUCUCCAAGCUCAGCAUCAUCAUCCCUUUCGCUGCGUGAUCCAGUGUUGACUGUUUAA